GAAGUGAGUUGAAAAAAAGAGAAAAGGAAAAAAAAGUGUGCAGGGAAGACAGAUUUAAGGGGAGGGGAGGUGAGAUGAGAUGAGAUUCUGUCGCUGCUAACUUUAAAACAUAUAUAAAUUGGAAGAAAUUGGGGGAAAACCAGGCGUGGAGACCAGACAAGCGGAAGCCUGUGAAUUUGGAUAACUUGCCACGUCCUACUGAGAAGAAAAAAAAAAAAACUUUCUGCGCUUCCUGCUCAGGAUCCAUCCAAAAGGCAGUUCGAACACUAUCUUUCAGGCUUGAGCAUUUACAGCAAUUGCAAAAAAAAAAAAAAGGUGCUGCAAGCUGAAAAAGGUCUCGUCUCGUCCUGUCGUCUCUACAACUUCAGCUACAAGUUGUGCUACACGUUGCGCUACAAGUUGACUCGUUGGCGGGGCGUUGGUUUGUUCCCCCAGUCCUCCCCACCACUCUCAUCACUCUGUGCACAAACGCUCAGGAGGAUACAAGCCCGAUCCGUUGAUCACACUACUCUUAAAAAAGGAAAAAGAGAAAGAGAACAGCUUUAAAAUGGCCGGAACGAACAGCAUCGACGCGGUGAAGAGAAAGAUUAAAGUUCUGCAGCAGCAAGCCGACGAGGCAGAAGAAAGGGCCGAGAUUUUACAGAGGCAAGUCGAGGAAGAGAAGCGCGCGCGCGAGCAGGCCGAGGCCGAGGUGGCGUCUCUGAACAGGCGUAUCCAGCUGGUUGAGGAGGAGCUGGACAGAGCUCAGGAGAGACUGGCCACAGCCUUACAGAAGCUGGAAGAGGCAGAGAAGGCAGCAGAUGAGAGCGAGAGAGGCAUGAAGGUGAUUGAGAACAGGGCACUGAAGGAUGAGGAGAAGAUGGAGUUACAGGAGAUCCAGCUGAAGGAGGCCAAGCACAUUGCUGAGGAGGCCGACCGCAAAUACGAGGAGGUGGCUCGUAAGCUGGUGAUCGUUGAGGGAGAGCUGGAGCGCACUGAGGAGAGAGCCGAGCUCGCCGAGGCUAAAAAGAAGCAGUUGGAGGAGGAGCUAAGGGUCCUGGACCAAACACUGAAGACUCUGCAUGCUUCUGAGGACAAGUAUUCCCAGAAGGAAGACAAAUAUGAGGAGGAGAUCAAGAUCCUGACUGAUAAGCUGAAAGAGGCUGAGACUCGUGCCGAGUUUGCUGAGAGAUCCGUAGCCAAGCUGGAGAAGACCAUCGAUGACCUGGAAGAUGAGCUCUAUGCUCAGAAACUCAAGUACAAGGCCAUUAGCGAAGAGCUGGAUCACGCCCUCAACGACAUGACCUCUAUAAAAGCUAAAAGACGCCAAGGAGGAGAACAUCAAGAUCCAUGCCACUCUGGACCAGACCCUGUGCGAACUGAACAGUUUCUAAACGUCCUGGACCAGGACAUUCCCCCGUUCCCCUUUUCAACACACUCAUCUCAUGUCUCUAAUUCGGUUCAAGUUGUCUAAUUCGCUCGAAGUUGUUUUCUUCCUCCUUUCCCCUCCCUUCACCCCACUUUUUGUUAAAGCUGAGCUCACAGAACCAACCAGCUCUGGCAGCACAGCUCUCUGCAUAUUUUCCUUUUCCAGAACUGUUCACUGAGUCUUGAGUGUGGAGCUUUACAUGGCAUAUUAGCACCUCUCUGGCCCUGAAGUGUCUCUGUGUAUUGUGUUUGUCAGAAUUCAGAAGACCUUUUCUGUAUUGGUGCUUUUCUUAUGUGCCAAAUCCCUGAGAUGUUUCAUCUGAGGCUUUCAAUGUGUGUUGCUUUGGUUGUGACAAAGCUUAGGUAUAGUUCACUUUAGUUUAUCCCUUUCCUCCACAAACAUCAACAUGGUCUCUAGACAUCAUCCUUCCCUAAAAGCCUUUUUUGUGCUACUAUUUAGGCACCUUUGAGUAUAAUCUUUGCUCUGUGGUAAACGUCUGUGCGGAUGCACCUAUCAUUUUUCUUCCCUACCUAUUGCCAUUUUCUGUCUUCUUCAUGCAGGCUUUUGGGACCAUUUCUACAAGUGAUGUCUUAAAAUGGUCAGGUUUCAAAAUGAGAGCCUUUAAUUUGAGUUUUUUUUUUUUUUUUUUUUUUUUUAAGUUCAAUUCUGUGUAAUGUGUCCAGGCACGACGUUUGUCACUGUUUUAACAGUAAAACCCACUUGCCUUGUUUGAACCACUACAUGUGAAACACACCACUGUUAAGGGCUCACGGCAAACACCCAGGCCUGACAUUGCUAAGCAUUCAUGAACAAUGAUGGACUUUGCAUGCCUGCUUUUAAUAGAGCAAUAGAAAAAUAAGCUCCCAAUAGGAGCAAGGGAUUUUUACACACAACUAAGUGGCGUCACUGCCAGAUGUUUCGUUUUGCGACCUCUAAGUAAUACAUAUCUAAGGAGUAAGAUCAUUUCUGGCCCAGAAACCAAGAGAAAAAGGUAACAUUUAAAAGUAAAAGUAAAUAAAAGAUUAAAAAUGCUUAUUUUAACUGGAAAAGUCCAAAAUGCUUAUAUAAUCACUGUUACUGUCUUUGUAAUGAUGCAUUUUUUUAAAAUAAAAUCCAUGAUUUUAAAUGUCA